AUGCAGAUCGCUGUUGCUGCCCAGCAUAGCGAGAUGGCCUUGAGGAGCAAGCUGCUGGACUGCGAGCAUGUGAUGAUCAGCACACUGUACCAGGCCUGCGUGUUCCUCACCGAUCAGCCCAUGGAGGAGCCAAAGGAACUGGGGGAAGAUCUGCAGACCAUAGCAGAGACCGCCAUUGAGGUACAAGCUCAGAAAGCGGCUAGGGCUGUACGGAAGCAGGCCGAGGAGGUCCUGGAGCGCUGGAAGCAACUGAGCGCCCAUGCAGGGAGCUGGCAACAGCAGGUGGACGAAGCCCUGGAGAAACUGCAGGAGGUUCAAGCCUCGGUCGACCAGGAGGGGUUGGUGGAGCGGGGGGAGCUGAGGGAAGGGUGGAGACCUGUGAGGGACAUUUUCAUCGAUGCCCUGCUGGACCAGAUUGAGAAGACUGUUGUCUUCGCUGAGGAACUUGCGCCCCUGAAAUCCGACGAGUCAAAUGAUGUCAUUAGCAACCUGUCUCCCCUCAGCCUUCCUGCUUCGAACAUGUCCCAGCUUCAUGACCUGAGCACUCAAUGGACACUCACACAGGAGGCAGAGGAAGAUCAGCUCAGGCUGCUGCAAGAGUCCCACUUGGAUGUCGGAUCUUUAUCUCAGCACUUCCUUUCCAGCUCGGUGCAGCUCCCUUGGCAAAGAGCAAUCUCCCACAAUAAGGUCCCUUAUUACAUCAACCAUAAUACACAAACUACCUGCUGGGACCAUCCGAAAAUGACGGAGCUCUUUCAUUCGCUUGCGGACUUGAACAGCGUGCGGUUCUCCGCUUAUCGGACGGCCAUGAAGGUCCGCCGGCUGCAGAAAGCUUUGUGCCUGGAUUUGCUGGACCUGAGCAUGGCCCAGAGCAUCUUCGAGCGGCACGAGCUGACCAACGGAAAACUGUUGGACAUUCCUCAAGUCAUCGGCUGUCUAAGCAGCAUGUACCAAUGUCUGGCCAGGAGGCACAAGGAGCUGGUCGACAUCCUGCUGUGUGUGGACCUGUGUCUCAACUGGCUUCUCAAUGUCUACGACAUAGGCCGGAGCGGAAUGAUCCAAGCGCUCUCAAUGAAGAUUGGAUUGCUCUCUCUCUCCAAGGGCCAUCUGGAAGAAAAAUACCAGUACCUGAUUCGGCAGGUUGCAGCCCCAGAGGAGUCAUGUGACCACAGGCAGCUGGGGACGCUACUGCACAGCAUCAUCCAGAUCCCGCGGCAGCUGGGAGAGGUGGCCGCCUUCGGGGGAGGCAACAUCGAGCCCAGUGUCCGCAGCUGUUUCCAACACGCGAAUGGCCAGGACAGGAUCGAACCCGAGCAGUUUGUGGAGUGGAUGCGCCUGGAGCCCCAGUCUGUGGUGUGGCUGCCGGUCCUCCACCGUGUAGCUGCAGCCGAGACGGCCAAGCACCAGGCCAAAUGCAACAUCUGCAAGGAGUUUCCCAUCGUGGGCCUCAGGUACCGCAGUCUGAAACAUUUCAACUAUGACGUCUGCCAGAGCUGCUUCUUCUCGGGCCGGACGGCCAAAGGCCACAAACUGAACUACCCCAUGGUGGAGUACUGUACCCCAACGACCUCUGGGGAAGACGUGCGCGACUUCACAACUGUGCUGAAAAACAAGUUCCGAUCUAAGAAGUACUUUGCCAAGCACCCGCGUCUGGGGUACCUACCUGUCCAGGCUGUUCUUGAGGGAGACAACAUGGAGACUCCCGUCACGCUCAUCAGCAUGUGUCCGGAGCACUACGAAUUCGAGCAGAUGGAGAGAUUGCGCGCUUGCUGGUCUACGGAAAGCAGCUCCAGAACCGAUGCCAUGGCUGACGACCACACGUUCAUCCUGCGAUACUGCCGGACCACCGGGGACCCUGAAGCAUCCCUCAGCCAGCCUGGCAGCCCCACCAAGGGCAGUGGGAGGAAGGAAGAGUGGAAUAAAAUGGACCGCGCCAUUGCCCGACUAGAAGAGGAGCAGAGGAGCUUGCGGAUGGAGUACGUGCAGCUGAAGGAGAUGCACUUCCGGAAGGAUCCCUGCAGUCCUUCGCUAGGCGACGUGUCGCACGAAGACCCCAAAGUCCCGCCGAACCCAGAGAUCCGCAGGGGGAACAACUCGCCGCUCCUCUUGCCCGAGGGCCUCGACACACACUUUGAGCCUGAGCUUUGGGGGCCGAGGCAGCCUGGCACACAUUCCAGGGUCCAGAGCGUUUCCUCAUCCCCCAUUUCCCACAGUUCCCCAGUGGAUCAUCACAUCAGUGAGGACAUCAUUUCUAAGCCUGCAGGUGACGUGCUGGAUCCUGUAAACAGUAACAGUUCAGACAUCAUGGAUCAGAUCACUGAAGCUUCGCCAGCAUCCAGCCGUAAGCCACUUCUUUCUUAG